AUGGAUAUAGCAUUGAUUAUCUUGACAUUAGCUUUUGCUGCAGCUAUUGGUGCAUUCUUUUUCUUGAAGUCAAAGAAUGCUAACAAUAAUAAAACAAAAGCUACACAAGAAGAAAUCGUUGAUCCAAAGUUGGAAAAACAAAAACAAAGAGAAGAACGUGAAAAAGAGAAACAACGUCAGAAAGAACUCAAGGAAGCUCAGAAACAGAAAGAACGCGAAGAGAAAAGGAACAAAAAUGUCAAAGCAAUUCCACGUCCAAUGGAAACAGCCGAACAUUCUAUCUAUAUCGGCUCCACAUGCCCAACAUGCGUCUCAUUCUCCGAAGAUGGCAAGUACUUCUUAGUCACAUGCACAAACAGGAAAAACUUAUUAUUCGAUAUCCAGUCACUGACAACAGAUAAGAAGCCAUUACACCAACUAAGCUUCGUUGACGAUACCAUCUCUACAUGUGACCUUAUCAAUUCCGGCUCAAAGCUUGAAGCUGUCUGUGGAUUAGAUAGAAGUCGCUCAAUUCAAUCUUAUUACAUUGAUGUCGCCACAGGAAAGACCUCACCAGGCUCAUUCAAUGUACAAGGUGCCAACAAGCUAAUCAUCAGCCAACUCCGUGUCGCUAAAGAUCACUCAUACGUCGUAACAUUCGGUGACGAGACAUAUCUCUCGGCAUUCCUUCCAAACGGAAGGUCCAUUAUACGUAACGAUACGCACCAGAUGCAUAACUACGAGCUUUCUGUCUCAUCAGAUUCCCAAUUUUUCGCUGUUUCAUCUUACACAUCCGAAAUCAUCGCUCUCGGCAUGAAUCUCGGAAAAGAUGACCUUCCAUCUAAGGCUACAAAGGCUUUUACCAUCUCCGGACACUCAGAUUCGAUUGUUUCCAUUGAUUUCCACCAGAAACAAGGUUUACUCGCUACAGGAUCUCUUGACGGACAUUUUAACAUCGUUUCUACACCAGCACUUUGGAAAGAAGGCGAUGAUCAAACAAAAAUUUUGAAAUCUUACGAAACAAAGGACUGCGAGCCCGUAAAAUACGUCAGACUCAAUCCAGUAGAUGAUACCAUCGCAGUUCUGACUCAAUCAGAGAAACUUUUCUUCUAUCGUGAUGGAAAAAUUACAAAAGUUGUAGAGCGACCACAAUCUAGCACAGUAGAUGAUAUGUAUUGGUCUCCAGAUGGAAGCCGUAUUGUUGUCCUUUCAUCAAACUCUAACUAUCUUUAUAUCUUUUCAAAAUAA